CGGCAAAUCAAAUCCUCCGCCCUUUCCCCUCGCCGCCGGCUCGCCGUCCUCCGCGCCCACCGAGCCCCGAUGGCCCGCACGAAGCAGACGGCGCGCAAGUCGACGGGCGGCAAGGCCCCGAGGAAGCAGUUGGCGACCAAGGCGGCGCGCAAGUCGGCCCCGGCGACGGGCGGCGUGAAGAAGCCCCACCGCUUCCGCCCCGGCACCGUCGCGCUCCGCGAGAUCCGCAAGUACCAGAAGAGCACGGAGCUGCUCAUCCGCAAGCUCCCCUUCCAGCGCCUCGUCCGGGAGAUCGCGCAGGACUUCAAGACCGACCUCCGCUUCCAGUCCUCCGCCGUCGCCGCGCUGCAGGAGGCCGCCGAGGCAUACCUCGUCGGGCUCUUCGAGGACACCAACCUCUGCGCCAUCCACGCCAAGCGCGUCACCAUCAUGCCCAAGGACAUCCAGCUCGCGCGCCGCAUCAGGGGCGAGAGGGCCUGAGCGGGCCUACCUCCCCCCACUGCUGCCCCCGCCGUUGUCGAUCCCCUCUUCUCGCGGUGUCUGCUUGUAGGAUCUGUGCUUCUCUUGGGUUCCUUCUGGUGGCAUGUUACUAGUGUCGUUAUGGUUGUUCGUAGUGAUAGGAGCUGUGUUCGGUCGCUGGGUAACCUGCUUGUUUAUCUUGCACGGAUGCUGCUGCUGUAAUGGUGAUCUGUUACCUUAAUCUAAUGGAAAUGAAAUGUGCUUCUCAAGUCUCA